AUGAAUGGUUUCGACGAGAUAGCCGAAAAAGCGGGCGAUGCCCAAUGGGACAAGUGGAAGGAUAAAAUUCUUGGAGCUCAUUCUGAAGUUGCAUUCUUCGUUGCCUGUCGACUAGACCGUGAUGACGGGGAGGUUAUUGACUGGUUCGAGGGCUCUUUUAAUUUCUGCCUCCGAGUCAUGUUUAACGAUGCAGGCGCGGACGCCGUUAUUCGAUUCCCCGGACCUGGACACACAACCUUUAGGGACGAAAAGGUUACCAAUGAGGUUCAAAUCAUCAAGUUCCUCCAUGAACAUACACGAAUAUCCCUACCGUUUAUCAUCUCAGAGUUUAUCAAGGGAGUUCAUUUAUGUGAUAUUCUUAAAGACCCGGCUGUUCCUGCAAAGAUCUAUCUCAAUCCAAACAUUGAUAGCACAAUACUGGAUGCCGUAUUUGAGCAAAUUACCAACAUCCUACUCCAGCUGUUUCAAUUCGACUUUUCUCGUAUUAGAGCAGUCUCCAAGGACCCAAGUUUGGACACGUGGUCCGUCACUAGACGGCCCCUCACCUACAGCAUGAACGAAUUGGCAACAACAGCAUUCUAUCCUCUGGAUGAGUUGGCCACUGGUCCAUUCGAAUCUGCAAGUGGCUACUUCACGCACCUCUCUGACGAAAAUUUAACUCAUCUCUUCACCCAGCGUAACCUCUCGUCCACCGCGACUGAAGCUGAGGAGCAAUACGUUGCACGUCAUCUAUUUGCGCGCCUAGUUGACAAGCACUGCAUUCACGAUAAUGGCACCUUUAAACUGUUUUGUGACGACCUUCGGCCCUAG